GUUAUUCACGAUGAUUCUCCGAACCUCCAUCAUAUAGUAAUACAAACGACAAUAUAGCAAUAUUCUCGUCUCGUCCAUUAUUUUUCUGUACAGCAUACAGCAAACCGUCUUUGGACACUAAACGCAAAGAUGUCCUCUAAGAAGUCAACGUCCAGCAGGACGUCAAGACAAUCCCAUCGAUCAACGCUGUCGCUAUCAAGAACCGAAAUUGUGAUUAAUGUCUAUGAUCUGUUACCUCCCAGCCGCCUCUCCUCCGUUCUUUGGACAUUUGGUGCCUCACUGCUACAUUCGGGUGUCGUGAUAAACGGGAAAGAGUAUGCCUACGGUGGUCACGAUCGGCCUGGGUUGACGGGUGUGUAUUGGACACCACCCAAGACAGAACCACCUGGAGGUACUUUUAAGACCGAAAUUCUACACGGUUUCUCGUUUGCGACUCAGGCCGAAAUCGACACCAUUAUUCGACAUGCCUCCGAUGAGUUUCAAGGCACAUCCUAUAAUCUACUUACCCGAAACUGCAACCACUUUACUAGCCACCUCUGCAAGAAGCUCACUGGUAGACCUGGCCCCGGAUGGCUUAAUCGUGCCGCCAGCAUCGGCGUUGCUUUUCCGUGUAUCGUCCCUCGAGACUGGAUCGAACCGCCUGAUUUCGAGACGGCAGAUGGCGCGCUGCUAGACGAAGAGGGACUCGACGAUCAUGAGAGAACUAGAAUGCUUAGGGAGGAUAGUUCUAGGAGACUAGCAACACAAGAGAGCGAUGACGACGGAGAACACUCGAGCCGGGCCAGCGAAGAAGCGCGCCGUUAUAGCAGGAGUGGCAAAGGAAAAGGCCGAGCCAAGGACACAAGCGGAAGAACAUUACCACCUGCCGAGAGGGCACCUUCGUCUGGUAGACCAAGCAUGUCUUAAGUGGAGGGGCGAUCUGAUAACACUGGAUUACACUGUCUGCAUUAUAAGGCGUUGGCAACGAGUAUGAUAGCAAUUUGGCUUGGUGGCGUUACAUGAGGUUUGAUUGAUACCAAAGGCAUGCUCCGUCGUUAUGUAA